AUGGAUUCAGAAGACAAAAAGCAAAAAGCAGUUUGCAUGGAGAGAUACUGGAGAAGAGAUGAUGAGGAUUACAGACAGUCCUCUGACUCGGACAUUGAAAGGGAAGAGGAAUGUGGAAUCUGCAUGGAAAUGAACAGAAAAAUUGUCCUUCCCAAAUGCAAUCAUGCCCUGUGCUUGAAAUACCAUCGUGAAUGGCGUUUGAGGUCACAGUUAUGCCCCUUCUGCCGUGAUAGCCUUAAAAGGGUAAACUCUGGCGACCUGUGGGUAUACAUGGACAACAAAGACGUCGUGGACAUGUCAACGAUAACAAGGGAGAAUCUGAGGAGGCUAUUCAUGUUCAUAGAUAAGUUGCCCUUGAUCGUGCUGGACAAUGUUUUUUAUCACUAUGAUAUUCAUAUAAGGUAGAAGUGCAAUGCUUUCAUUGGGAUUGAAUCAUACUAAGGAUCAAGAAAUUUGUCAGACUAGAUUUAGAAAUUCAGGUGGAUUACUUUUUCACCUUCUGAUUAGAAGAACCCGACCGAGUCAUCGUGGCGCAGGGGUUGAAGCUAAGUUAGAUUAGCCAAAAAAUGGAGCUUUUUAAUUGCAUCUCCUAAUUUGUACAUGCUUGUACAGUACCAGUUUACUCCUUGAAAACACAAUGUACCUUUUGUUGUUUGUUUUCUAAUGUUUUAGCAUGCCAUAAACACCACCGGCAUUUGCUGCUUUCUCAAGUGGAGAGUUUUAUGGUCA